AUGUGGAGAUCACGACCGUUGUUAUUCGUGGGGAAGAAGCUGAAACCGACCGCGGAGAGUGGGGUCCAUUUGGUGAGGCGGAAAUGGAUGAGCACCGUCAUGAGUUUCGGUGAUGGGAGCCAAGGGGCUCUUGGAUUGCCUUCAUCCACCGUGGGUAUGGGCCUAGACGCAUACGAGCCUGCCCCAGUUCCUGCUCUGCCUUCCGAUGUUGUUAGUGUCGGUGCGGGACAUUACCACUCCCUCGCCAUCACUUCCAACGGCCACCUUUGGGCUUGGGGCCGAAACAACGAAGCCCAACUAGGCCGUGGGCUUUCCAGCAGAGAAUCAUGGAAUGAGCCGAAAAGAGUAGUGGGAUUAGAACAUGUUAAGGUUUGUGCUGCUUUUGCGUCGGGAGUUGUUUCUGCUGCCGUUUUGGAUGAUGGUUCUGUGUGGGUUUGGGGCAAGUCUAAACGUGGCCAACUUGGCCUUGGUAAAGAUAUAACUGAAGCUGUUGCACCUUCCAAAGUUGAAGCACUUUCUGGAGAAAACAUAGCAAAGGUGUCGUUUGGUUGGGGCCAUGCUCUUGCUGUGACUGUGGAUGGAAAGUUGUUUGGGUGGGGCUAUUCAGCUGAUGGUAGGAUAGGGGAAAUGGGGAAUCACUUUGAGGCAUCACCAUUAGAUUCCACGUUUAGAAAUAAUACACAACUUUCGAGUUCGGACCUGGAAGUUGCUGAAGAGAGAGUUUUGCAAGGAAUGGAGAAGGAGAAUAACAUGCCAAUAAUAUGGGAACCUCGCUUGGUGGAAGAACUACAUGGUGUUCAAGUUGUGGACAUUGCAUGUGGCCUUGAUCACUCUCUGAUUCUUUGCCGUGAUGGUACCCUCUUAAGCUGCGGGAGUAACGUGUAUGGCCAAUUGGGGCGAGCUAAACAAGAUUUGGGAAUUUUCCCGGUUGACAUGAACUUGAGUCCCAUUUCUAUAGCAGCAGGGCUUGGACAUUCUCUGGCAAUAUGUCAGCUUGCUGAAGUAGGGACUACGAACAUUGCUUCAUGGGGAUGGAACCAGAGUUCUCAGCUUGGAAGGUCAGGGCCUGGGAACAUACCGUCUUUGAUUGAAGCAUUGGCUGAGGAAAAUCCUGUCUCAGUUUCAGGUGGUCGAGCACAUUCUCUUGCUCUUACAACCAAGGGAGAAAUGUGGGUAUGGGGCUCUGGUAAAAGUGGAAGACUUGGAUUGGGAAGUUCUGUUGACGAAGUUGAGCCAUUUUGUCUUGAUUCUUUAGAAGGGUUUCCAAUUUUACAGGCCGUGUCAGGAUUUGAUCAUAAUCUGGUCCUAGUUGCUGGCUGAUCUGGCUUCAACAAA